AUGACACCAGACAGUUUUGAAGAGUUACAUAACCUUAUAAAGCCUUGUAUUACUAAAUUAGAUACAAGGUUUAGAGAUGCUAUUUCUAGCAAAGAAAGACUGGGAUUAACUUUGAGGUUUCUGGCAACUGGAGACACCUACAAGACACUAUCUUUUUCUUAUCGUAUGGACGCGUCCAAGUUACACGCGAAACCGCUGAAAAAUGGCGGACAACGGGUGGAGAUAUAG